UGAUUCGUUGUGCAAUUUACCGUUUAUGUGUUUAUGUUUUUGUGUGCUUAUAACUGUGUUAAAAACCCCAACUAUAACCAACGUUACGACGACCCCCUGGCGAGAAUUUACAACUACUACAUUUGUAGUGGCCUUUUAUCGAUUUCACCUAAACAGUGCAAACGGCUAGAAACUGUAUUCGCGGCUAGAAAAAGAACAGUGCGUAGAUAAUGGAAGUGUCGGCCGAUCCGUAUGAGCAGAAACUAUAUCAGAUGUUCCAAAGUUGUGAAACAUCGCAGCAACGCAACAAUGGCCUGCUCGACGAGGCAUCGCUGACCCGCCUGUGUCAGCUGCUCCAGUUACGUGACCAGGGAUCGGCGCUAAUCUCCAGUCUAACCGCCAGUGGUAGUCCCAAACUAGGUGUUUCCUUUGGCCAGUUCAAGGAGGCAUUGCUUAACUUCUUGGGCACCGAAUUCGAUGGCUCAGCAGCUCAAACGCGAUCGGGAUUGGUGACACCAUCUGGACUGAAAGAACGAUCGCUGGUUAUCAGCGACGAGCCAGCUAGCAACACAUAUGUUGAGAGUCCGCCGGAGGGUGAGGCAUCCGAUCGCGAGGUUUCACCCAAGCUAAUAGUAGGCACCAAGAAGUACGGACGCCGUUCACGGCCGCACCACAACCAGGGUCUUAACGAGAUAGCCGUCACGGAUUCGGACAACACGGAUGAGGAUCAGCACAAGAGCCUCAACGGCUGCAGCGAUCACACAGUCCAAGUGCAACGGUCAUCGUCGCAAAGCGAUCUCCCAGGCAGCCGGCGCCUGCGCUCCGUCCACUACAGCGGGAGCAAACUGAAACGCUGUGCCUCGCUGCCGGCACGCAAGAAUUUGCAAUCGAAAAUGAUCAAUUCGACGGCGCUGGCGACGACAUCAUCAACAGUCGCCACACAAGUGGGCAGUGGCCACGGUCGAAGUAAUCUGCGCGAGGCACAACAGGAAUGCAGCAGCGUGGAAUCGUUGGGCCAUCAUUUGCCAGCACGGCCAGAGCACUGCAGCCACGGAUGCGACCUGGGUGGCCGUUUCAGUUGCAAAGAUAUUGUGACACCGCAGCAACUGGAGACGAUAAGUGCGCAUAGCAUCAUUGAGACGUGGGAAAUGGCAAGUAUCACUAAUAGUGGUGGUCUGCUGCACGCACUGGGCUUCGAUGAGGAGGAGGUGAACCUUGGCCAGUUGACCAAAGUGCUGGAGGAGGAGUUACGUGGCCUGGAACAGGAUCCACAGUCGAAUGUGUUGCGUGCCUUGGUCGCGCUCCAAUCUGUGGAGCUGGGCACGUUGCGACAGGCAUACCGACAGCAGCACGAGGAGAACCUCAAGCUGCGUGCCGACAAUAAGGCGGCCAAUCAGCGAGUGGCGAUGCUUGCCGCCGAGGUUGAUGAGCGGCAUGCAAGCCUGGAGGAUAAUUGCAAACAGCAGGUGCUACAACUGGAGCAGCGGCAUGCGAGUGUUGUCCGUGAACUGACGCAGCGUAUAACAAACGAUCGUGAUCAUUGGACGGGCAUUACGUCGCGGCUGGAAACACAGAUUAAGAGUCUCGAACAGGAGGAGAUUAAGCUGCGCACUGAUCUGGAGCUGGUGCGCACUGAAAACACUGAGCUGGAGGCGGAACAGCAAAAGGCGCACCAGCAAAUGACUGAGUUAUUGGAGCAGAAUAUUAAGCUCAACCAGGAGUUGGCCAGAUGUGAACCCCUGCGUUCGACUGGUAAAUCGGAGAGCAGCAUUGACACCGCUGUCGGCAGAGAUAAUAAGGCAUCCGAUGAUGAUGAGAUGCUGCUCGUGAUGGAGAAAAUGACCGCGCUACAAAUGGAGAAUGCACAGUUGCGUGACAAAACCGAUGAGUUGACCAUGGAAAUUGAGAACUUGUGCCUCGACUUGGCGCGCACAAAAUCACGCAAGAAGAAGCAGACAGCUCAGACGACUUCGACUCCUGCUGCUGCCGUUGUAAUUGCCACCGAGUCGGCGGAUAGCGAAGAACUGGAUGCAUUCAGCAGCGGAUUGGCAACGAAGCGACGUGGUGACUCGCCCAGCAAGACGCACAUAACGGAGGAGAGUCCACGGCUGGGCAAGCAGCGCAAGUGCUCAGAGGGUGGUGGCGAGGUCAGUGACAAUAGCGGCGAUUGGUUGGCACUGAACUCGGAGCUUCAUCGUUGCAAGAGCCACGAGGAGGAGCUCUCGUCCCUUCGCCAAACUGUGGCGCAAUUGGAACAGGAGUUGCAGGCAGCAAAAACGGGUAGCAGUAGUCGAGCCACCACGCCGGAGACACGCUGCAAGGAGCUGGAGAAUAGUCUGGAGCAGAUGCAGCGUGCAUACGAGGAUUGCGAGGAUUACUGGCAGUCCAAGCUGAGCGAGGAGCGACAAAUCUUUGAGAAGGAGCGACACAUCUAUGAGGAUGAGCAAAUGGAGAGUGACAAAAAGUUUACCGAGCUGAUGGAAAAGGUGCGCGAAUAUGAGGAGCAAUUCAGCAAAGAUGGUCGCCUCUCGCCCAUCGAUGAACGCGACAUGCUGGAGCAGCAGUAUCUCGAGCUCGAGGUGGAGACCACAAAUCUGCGCAAUAACUCCAUACGCAUGUUGGAGGAAAAGUCACAGCAAAUCAGCGAGUUGCACUGCGAAAUCGAAGAUCUGCGCACACGUCUUGGCGAGAGCGUUGAAAUACUAACCGGGGCAAGUGAGAUCAAUCCGGAGGCACUGCAUCAAUUAAACGUGCAGGCGGGCCAAAGUCCAGCCAGUUCUCCAAUUAGCUACCUGUGGCACCAGAGCACAAUCCAGGAACCACUCAAAACCUUUAACGGCAUCGCCGCCAGCGAGAGCACCCCCAAAGCCUUGGCGCUGCUCGGUGAAUCACCCACACACAAGGCCACCAGUCGAAACAAACUGACUACAUCGGAGACAUCGAUCUUUAGUACUACUCCGCUGGGAUCAUCAAUAUCGGGUCCAUCGCCCACACACAGUGAUACAACAAACUAUGCCUUGCCAGCCGGCACUUGUCCGCCGGCGCCUAUUUGCAAGCCCAAACAGGCGCCGUCAGAGGGUGAAAUUGCUGAUUGUGAGACAUCAUCAACUGCAUCAAAUAAGAGCUUCGAUUCGCACAGCGUAAUAUCAACAAGUAAGGCAUCUUGCUUCAGUCACGAGAAGUGCAGUAGUCCGAAUCUUUUAAAGGAAGAACUGAAGCGCCUCAAAUUCUUUGAGCUCUCACUCAGAGAGCAGAUCAAGGAUUUGAGCCUGCAACGUGAUGGUUUAGUAAUGGAACUGCAACAGUUGCAGGAAGCGCGUCCAGUUCUCGAGAAGGCCUAUGCGCGAACAACACAUCCGACGCUACAGCAGCGACUCAAUCAACUGGAGUUGCGCAAUCGUCACUUACAAAAUGUGAUCAAACAGCAGCAAAAAUAUACCGAGUCCCUGAUGCAGCAAUCAUGGCGUCAGCAUCAAGUGGAUCUCAACGAUUUGCAUGGCCGUAUUGAAGCACAGACCGUCUUGCUUGCCGAUCAGACACAGCGUCUGCAGAACGCCGAUAUUCUUGUGAAAGAUCUGUAUGUGGAGAAUUCGCAUUUGACCGCCACUGUGCAGCGAUUGGAGCAGCAGCGGGCACGGGUCAACCUCAUUCAUCAGCAUCAGCAGCAACAUCAGCUGGUUGGGGGCACCAUCAGUGGCCUAUCUGGAAUACCUUAAAAGGAAUCAAAACAAUGAAUGCACAACGAAGUCUACAAUGUGUUAUGGAAUCAUGUAUCAAUAUACUCGGCACCAUUUGCUGGAGUGAUAUUCUUUUAAUAUUAUAUACAAUUUAUUUUUACAUACUA